UUGGGUGUGUGUUUAUUUUUUUUCUCGUUCAUAUUUUGCCAUCAACAAUCGAUAAACUUGUAUUUUAUUUGCUGGAAAAAUUGCGACAUACACAAUUUCGAUGAUUGUUUAAAAAUCCAUCUCGAAGUUUCUCUCUCUCUUUUCUUUUGAUUUCAAGUGCAAAUAUUUUUAUACAUAAUUAACUAUUAUGUCGAUGUUGCAUAAAAAUAGAACAUGUUUUUAGCUAAAUUUUCAUCGACAGAGAAAGAAAUUUGAAGAACUAUUCGAACAGUGGAUCGGAAUUUAUGUGUCUGAAUGUCGAUUAUUAUGACAUUUGUGAGAUUUUGCCGUUGUUGUUGGGAUGUUGCGGUCGGCUAACGAGUGAUGACGUCAUAACAUUGUACAUGUAUUGAAUUGAAAAUAUUUGUGCGGCAUAAAAAUACGAGACAACUACUUAACACAGCAUCAGCAAACAUCAAGUUUUUGCCUGUAGAUUUCAAAGUACCUGCAAAUUUUGAUUUUUUUGACAACGAAAAUUUAAAGGAAGUGUGAACAACAACGAACAAUGGGUUUGCAAGACUGUGAAAUCACUUUGGACAAUCCAUGGAAUACUUAUUAUGCUGGCCAAACAUUAAAUGGCCAAGUGAAACUUGCACUCAAUUCACCCAAAACCAUUCGAGGUAUCAUCAUUCGAUUUUUGGGCGAGGCCAACACAAGUUGGAGUGAGACGAAGAAGGUUCGCGACGAUCAAGGUAAAGAGCAUGAUGAAACCGAGGAAUUGACCGGUCACGAGGAGUAUUUUGAGAAUCAUUAUUAUUUGUUGGGCGCUAAGAAUGGCGCUGAAAUCAAUUUGCCGGCUGGUGAACACACUUAUCCGUUCACCUGUGUCCUACCGCAAAAUCUUCCAUCAUCGUAUGAGGGCGAAUUCGGCCACGUUCGAUACACCAUCAAAGUGACUUUGGACAGACCAUGGAAAUUCGACCAAGAUACAAAAAUGGCAUUUACCGUCAUUUCACCAUUGGAUUUGAACCAAAAUGCUCGUCUCAAGGAACCGAUGCGAUUGAGCCUUGAAAAAACGUUCUGUUGCUUCUGCUGUAAAUCCGGACCACUCGAAGCUGAUGUUACAAUACCCGCUGGUGGCUAUGUUCCUGGUCAAUCAAUUCCGAUUUCGGCCGAAAUCAACAACGCCAGUAACAUCAAAGUGGAUCGGCUUCGCGUCAUUUUGCGCAAAACGGUUGUUUUUAAGACAAACUCUCCGCGUCGCGACUUGAAAAAAGAGAAAACGACAAUCGCUGAAAUAUCCGUUGGCCCAGUUGAUGGGCACAGUUCGAAGAAUUGGCAACAAAACAUCGAAAUCCCUCCGUUGCCACCAUCCAAUUUGAUUAACUGCGGAAUCAUUGACUUGGACUAUGAGUUGAAGAUUGAGUUGAAUGUGUCUGGCGCUCAUCGCGAUUUGGAAGGAAAAUUACCAAUCACCUUGGGCACCGUUCCGUUGGCAACGACACAAUUGCCGAACACGGCACCGUAUACAGAUGUGCCACAGCAGCAACCAUCUCAACCAGUUCAAGAUCCAUCACAGGCACCUACUCAGCCAGUCUCUCCAGCUAGUCCACCAGGUGAUUCGAAUACGGCCGGAUGGAAUUUGUAUCCAUCGAUUCCACCACCAUCGUAUGCAGAGUCAGAAUACCGUGCCAAUAUCGUUGAUAAGAACGAUUCUCAACACACUCGAUUUGCUGGUGGUCAGGAUCAAUUCGCUCCGAGAUAUCCCGUUUACGCGGGACAAACUCUUCCAACUGCACCAAAACCACAAUAAAUAACCGUAUCAACCAGCUUAUCUGCUAAUCUACCGUAAACCGCGACCAAUUUUCAAACAUUUCAAAUGAGAAUGCAGCUCGAACGUGGGAUUCAAUCCUGAAGAUGAAGAAGAAAGGGAAAAAUAAAUAGGAACAACAUUGCACACAUGGAACAUAACAAUAAUUGAUAUUAUAACAUAGUAGCAACGAGUAGAGAUACGAACUCAAUUAACGAAACAAAAAAUAAAAACAUGAAAUCACGUGGCCUACACACAUACCAAUCAAUUCCAAAAUAUGAAACAUAAUCGUCAUACGCACAAAUUUUUCUAUCCAAGUGGCUUGAAUUUAAACAAAAUUUAUGUUUUUAAUUGAAAUAAUGUGCUUUAAAAAUAUACUAUACGAGGGUAACUAUUUA